AAAUUUUCCAAAGAUUAUCCAUAGACGGAUGAAGAGGACAAACGUGCUUUGAAAAUCAUCCUCUAAUAUCUCAGAUGGUUAUGAAAUAUUCAAAGGUCUGGUUCCAAUAAACAAGAUCCCUGCAGCUACCUAGCAUCCUUGACCUCACUCAUCAAAUUUAUACACUUUUAUUUGAUAUCAAAACCACGUACAUGAGCUCUAAGGAAAGUCAGAUGGGAACAUCCUCUACUGAAGAUCAGGAGAGUGUCUCCGAGUAUGCUAUGCAACUAACAGGUGCAUCGGUGCUGCCCAGUGUGCUGAAAGCAGCAAUAGAUCUUGGUGUUCUUGAGAUUAUUGGGAAAGCAGGUCCUGGAGCCCUUCUCUCUGCUUCCCAAAUAGCAUCCCAGCUCCCCACUCACAGCAACGCCAACCUUGUUUCGUCUAAUUUGCUUCUUGAUUGUAUGCUACGCGUUCUAGCUAGCCACUCAAUUCUUACUUGCUCUAUCACCCACCAGAACGAUGGCCACGUUCUCAGGCUUUAUGGUUUGGCUCCUGUCUCAAAAUACUUUGACCGAAACCAGGAUGGUGGAACACUGGCUCUCCUAUUAGAUCUUGUGCAGAACAAGGUCAUCAUGAGUACCUGGGACCAUUUGAAAGACGCAGUUCUGGAAGGUGUACUACCCUUUAACAAGGCUCAUGGGAUGAACAUGAGUGAGUUUGUGCUAAAAGAUGCAAGACUCCGUGAAACAUAUGUGGGCUCAAUGAAAGGUUUCAACCAAGUAAUUUUGGAGAAGAUCCUUGAGACGUACAAGGGCUUUGAAGGUCUGAAGUCGCUUGUGGAUGUGGGCGGUGGUGAUGGCACCAUCCUUAACAUUAUCAUAUCCAAGUACCCUGCCAUCAAGGGUGUUAACUUUGACUUGGCUUCCGUUAUAGAAAACUUGCCCUCCUAUCCUGGUAUUGAGCACGUUGCAGGAGACAUGUUUGUAAGCAUUCCAAAAGGGGAUGCCAUUUUCAUGAAGUGGAUAAUCCAUCAGCACGUCGACAAAGAUAGCUUGAAGGUACUAAAAAACUGUUACGAAGCGCUACCAGAGCGUGGGAAAGUGAUACUAGUUGAUAUGGUGGUUCCAGAAGUCUCAGAAACUAGUGCUGCUCAUAAAAGCUUCUUUCAGUUAUAUUUGUUCCUGCUGAAUUCGAACCCGCUGGGUCAGGAGAGGACAGAAAGAGAAUUCGAAAGUUUGGCAAAAGCAGCAGGAUUUUCUAGUAUUCAGGUGGCAGGCUUUGCUUGUGGCUUUUCAGUCGUGGAGUUCUACAAGAAUAUGUAGCAUUUUGGUCAUGACAUGUUCAUGCCUGUAUCAGUAGCCCUAUGUAAUAAUAACAACAAAAUCCCACUAAGCAAUGCAAUGUUCUAACUCCCGGCUCAUAUCAUAUAAUGUUUAGUCAUGACUGAGUGGCUGAGCCUCUACACUGUGUUGUGGUGCGGUAGAGUUUUUCUAGCUCAGUUUUGGUUGUUGCUUCAUGCUUGGCGUGCUCCUUGUUGCUCUUGUUGCUUCUGUAUUACACUAGUUAUCGCUUAUGCUGAAUUUUUGCUA